AAGCAAAUUACUAUAUAAAAAUCCUCACAUUUUCGCAAAUUGUGAUUUGUGGAAAACAAACAUAGAGACAGACAACAACAACAAAGACCCAUUAAUGGUCAUCAGUCAUCACCGAUAAAAACAAGAUACCAUCUUCUUCAACGAUUUUUAUAUCCGGGUAAUUCGCAACAACAGGAACAUAGUUGCUUGGAAGAGAAAUAAAUGGGGAGUUAGUCACACUUCUGAGUCUUAGUGAUUGACCUAGAAAUAUAAUUGGAUUUGGAUCAGCAAUGGCUCCUGGAGGCAGUGCUUGCAAAGAAGUCCUUGAGUCUUAUUCUACUGAUUAUGAUGUAGCAAUGGCAAAGCUGGAUAAUAAUAGUACACCUACUAGAGCUACAACUGGCUCAGGUGGAAAACAAGGGAUUUAUUCGACUAAUGGUGUGCACGAACUGCUUGAGUGCCCUGUCUGCACAUGUUUGAUGUACCCUCCAAUUCACCAGUGUCCAAAUGGCCACACGCUGUGUUCAAACUGCAAGAUUAGAGUGCUCAACUGUUGCCCAACAUGCCGCUAUGAUCUUGGAAAUAUAAGGUGUUUGGCUUUGGAGAAAGUUGCUGAAUCAUUGGAACUCCCAUGUACAUACCAGAGUUUGGGUUGUAAUGAUAUCUUCCCAUACUACAGCAAGCUUAAGCAUGAGCAACAUUGUCGAUUCCGUCCAUACAAUUGCCCUUAUGCCGGAUCUGAGUGCUCUGUUACGGGUGAUAUCCCAACUCUUGUUGCACAUCUCAAGGAUGAUCACAAGGUUGACAUGCAUGAUGGCUGUACCUUCAACCAUCGUUAUGUUAAAUCAAAUCCACAUGAAGUUGAAAAUGCCACAUGGAUGUUAACUGUUUUCAAUUGUUUUGGAAGACAAUUCUGCUUGCAUUUUGAGGCUUUCCAGCUUGGUAUGGCACCAGUCUACAUGGCCUUCCUAAGAUUCAUGGGUGACGAGAAUGAGGCAAAGAAAUUUAGCUAUAGUUUGGAAGUUGGUGCAAAUGGUCGUAAGCUCAUAUGGCAAGGAAUUCCAAGGAGCAUCCGUGAUAGUCAUAAGAAAGUACGUGACAGUCAAGAUGGCCUCAUUAUUCAGAGGAAUUUGGCUCUCUACUUUUCUGGUGCAGAAAGGGAAGAGCUGAAGUUGAGGGUUACCGGCCGAAUAUGGAAAGAAGAAUAACAAAAUGGAUGGGUGGUGAUUGUUGUGGCGAUUGUACAGUAAUUUUAUGGGGUUGCUUCUUGUGGCAAUGAGUGAAACUUUAGUUACUACGAUUAGGCUUCUCUUUAUGUUUACACGAUGCCUCUGAAAUCGAUGCCUCUGUAAUUGGAGUGGUAUGUCAGCUGCCCUGCUCUGGAGAGACUCCUGUUGAAACUUAGUGUACAAGCUGGAAACGUUAAUUGGUCAAAUUGUGGUGCUAAAAAGAUUCAUUUGGUACUAUACAAUGCAUGUGUUUUACAUCUUA